CUUCGGUGAGCGAAGGAAGACCCGAGAGUCGCGGGCUGCGCAAGAUGGCGACUGCGGCCGCAUCGUCUGCGUCCGAGCCGGAGGUUGAGCCCCAGGCCGGGCCUGAGGCCGAGGAAGAGGAGGAUGAGGCGAAGGCAGCCAGCGUGGAGAGGAAGGUGCUGUCCCGCGCUGUGGCUGCGGAGGCGGCCAAGACCAAGGAGCCAGGGUGGGACCUGCAGCAGGAAGGCGUGAGCGAGAGUGACGGCGAUGAGGAGGACGCCAUGGCUUCCUCCGCCGAGAGCUCUCCCGGAGAGGACGAGUGGGAGUACGACGAGGAGGAGGAGAAAAACCAGCUGGAGAUCGAGCGGCUGGAGGAGCAGCUGUCUAUCAAUGGCUAUGACUACAACUGCCACGUGGAGCUGAUCAGGCUGCUGCGGCUGGAAGGGGAGCUCAACAAAGUGAGGAUGGCCCGCCAGAAGAUGAGUGAGCUCUUCCCCUUGACUGAAGAACUCUGGCUGGAGUGGCUGCAUGAUGAGAUCAGCAUGGCCAUGGACGGCCUGGACCGCGAGCAUGUGUACGAGCUCUUCGAGAGAGCUGUGAAGGACUACAUCUGUCCAAACAUUUGGCUAGAGUAUGGCCAGUACUCGGUUGGUGGCAUUGGUCAGAAAGGUGGCCUCGAGAAGGUUCGCUCAGUGUUUGAAAGAGCCCUUUCGUCUGUUGGCUUACACAUGACGAAAGGCCUGGCCAUCUGGGAGGCUUACCGGGAGUUUGAAAGUGCCAUCAUGGAAGCUGCUCGGCCCAUAGCUGCCUUCCUUUCCCCUUCUGACUGGGAACAAACCUUUGAUUCACAGCUGGAGAAAGUCCACAGCCUCUUCCGGCGACAGCUGGCGAUCCCACUGUAUGAUAUGGAGGCCACCUUUGCAGAGUAUGAAGAGUGGUCAGAAGACCCCAUACCAGAACCUGUACUUCAGAGCUAUCAGAAGGCACUCGAGCAGCUGGAAAAAUACAAGCCCUACGAGGAAGCGCUGUUGCAAGCAGAGGCCCCCAGGCUGGCGGAAUACCAAGCGUACAUCGAUUUUGAGAUGAAAAUUGGGGAUCCUGCUCGUAUUCAGUUGAUCUUUGAGCGUGCCCUGGUGGAGAACUGCCUGGUCCCAGACUUAUGGAUCCGCUACAGUCGGUACCUAGAUCGGCAGCUGAAAGUAAAGGAUUUGGUUUUAUCUGUACACAGCCGUGCUGUGAGGAACUGCCCGUGGACAGUUGCCCUGUGGAGUCGGUACCUCUUGGCCAUGGAGAGACAUGGAGUGGACCAUCAAAUGAUUUCUGCAACCUUUGAGAAUGCUCUGAGUGCCGGCUUUAUCCAGGCCACUGACUAUGUGGAGAUUUGGCAAGUGUACCUAGACUACCUGAGGAGAAGGGUUGACUUCAGACAAGACUCUAGCAAGGAGCUGGAAGAGCUGCGGGCCAUGUUCACACGUGCUCUGGAGUACCUGCAGCAGGAGGUUGAGGAGCGUUUCAAUGAGAGCGGAGAUCCAAGUUGCAUGAUCAUGCAGAGUUGGGCUCGAGUUGAGGCUCGCCUGUGCAAUAACAUGCAGAAAGCUCGAGAACUCUGGGACAGCAUUAUGACCAGAGGAAAUGCCAAGUAUGCCAACAUGUGGCUGGAGUAUUACAAUCUGGAAAGGGCACAUGGUGACACGCAGCACUGUCGGAAGGCUCUGCACCGAGCUGUCCAGUGCACAAGUGACUACCCUGAGCAUGUCUGUGAAGUGUUGCUCACCAUGGAGAGGACAGAAGGAACCUUGGAAGAUUGGGAUGUGGCCAUUCAGAAAACCGAAACUCGCUUGGCUCGCGUGAAUGAACAGAGGCUGAAGGCUGCAGAGAAGGAAGCAGCUCUUGUGCAGCAGGAAGAAGAAAGGGCUGAACAGCGGAAGAAGGUGCGGGCUGAGAAGAAAGCUCUGAAAAAGAAGAAAAAGACUCAUGGUGCAGGCAAACGCAAGGCGGAUGAGGAGGAGGAGAGAGAGUGGGGCGAGGAGGAGGAGGAGGAAGAGCAGCCUUCCAAACGUAGAAGGGUGGAGAAUAGCCUGGCCUCUGGAGUGGCCUCUGCCAUGGAGGAAGAAGCGGACUCCUCUGGGAAAUGUGUAACGAUAGACGUUGCUCCUCCAUCCAAGCAGAAGGAGAAGGCAGCUUCCCUCAAGCUCGACAUGCCCAAGGUGGCUCAUGACAGCAGUAAGGACAGUGUCACCGUCUUUGUCAGCAACCUGCCCUACAGCAUGGAUGAGCCAGAGGUGAAGCUCAGGCCACUCUUUGAGGUCUGCGGGGAGGUGGUCCAGAUCAGGCCGGUCUUCAGCAACCGUGGGGACUUCCGGGGCUAUUGCUAUGUGGAGUUUAAAGAAGAGAAGUCAGCCCGGCAGGCUCUGGACCUGGACAGGAAGACUGUAGAAGGAAGGCCAAUGUUUGUCUCCCCUUGUGUGGAUAAGAGCAAAAACCCUGAUUUUAAGGUGUUCAGAUACAGCACCACUCUAGAGAAACACAAGCUUUUUAUCUCGGGCCUGCCCUUCUCCUGCACCAAAGAGGAACUCGAGGACAUUUGUAAGGCUCAUGGCACUGUGAAGGACCUCAGGCUGGUUACCAACAGGGCUGGCAAGCCAAAGGGCCUGGCCUAUGUGGAGUAUGAAAACGAGUCACAGGCAUCACAGGCCGUGAUGAAGAUGGAUGGCAUGACCAUCAAAGAGAAUGUCAUUAAGGUAGCAAUCAGCAAUCCCCCUCAACGGAAAGUUCCAGAGAAGUCAGAAGUGAGGACAGCACCGGGGGCCCCGAUGGUACCCCGACAGAUGUAUGGAGCGCGCGGAAAGGGAAGGACCCAGCUUUCUCUUCUUCCUCGGGCUCUGCAGCGCCAUAGUGCUGCUCCUCAGGCUGAGAAUGGCCCUGCGGUGGGGCCGACAGUCACCUCCUCUUUGGCCACUGAAGCUCCUAAGAUGUCUAAUGCUGACUUUGCGAAGUUGCUUCUGAGAAAGUGAAGAGGACUCUGAUAUAUGGGAAAUGCCUUACUUACUCCUUCAUGCUGGCCAGGAGGCCACCGUGGGCCCUGGAGACAGAGGGGCUGGGCACACCUGUCUCCCACAGAUUCUCCUCUCAUGUAGACAGGAAGGAAAAGCCUACGUUGAGCAUGGUGGCGAGGAGUGUUCCCUCAUAUUGAGGGCGGAAGCCAACUGCUUUAUAGGCUGUUCCCAAGGUACUUCAGCGUCCUAACAAGGGGGGGGCCUCGGCUUUGACGCCCACUUGUCCUGAUACUUCACCACCUCUGGCCCGUUUUCUACGAAUUCCCCUUUGCCCCCCAGCCAUGCAGAGCACGAGUACCCAUUGCUCUUUAAGCCUAAAAGAUAAAAUGGAAGAUGCUUGUCACUCAUCAGAUGACCUCUUUAGUAAAGUGCGGGUGGGGACAUUGCAGACAAUACAUUUAUUUAAUGGGCUUUUGUCCAAAGAGGCUGUGUUUUGUUUUGUUUUGUUUUUUUUUAUUAUGUAUUUGUAAUUGACACCUCAGCUGUUUCAUGUUCCCUGAAGCGGGAUGUCUGUGACAUUUGUUCAUGUAGGAGCGUGUGUUCCACCUGCUGUGGGCCAUUUUCUUUGCCUGGUGACGGGGGGGACCUAUGUCCUCUGUCCAGACACUUGUGUCUAAAUGCUAUGUCGAGCGCAUAGUUGACUUCCCCCACUUAGCUUUGUUUAUUAAAGUGAAGUUCUCUUAUCGAA